AAGGUGCUAUGAACGAAUAUGAGGUUAUCCAGCAGAUUGGAGAAGGUGCGUUUGGGAAAGCCUUCCUGGUCAGACACAAGAAGGGAAAUGAUGGACAGUGUGUGGUCAAAGAGAUCAGCUUCAGAAAGAUGUCAGCAAAAGAAAAGGAAUCGUCCCAGAAAGAGGUGACACUGCUGUCGAAGAUGAAACACCCAAACAUAGUUUCUUUCAUCACCUCAUUUCAAGAUCAAGGCAGCCUGUAUAUCGUGAUGGAGUACUGUGAUGGAGGAGACCUGAUGAAGAAGAUCCACAUGCAAAGAGGACUUCCUUUUUCUGAGGAGAAGAUCGUGGACUGGUUUGUUCAGAUCUGCCUGGGUCUCAAACACAUCCAUGACAGGAAGAUUCUACACAGAGACAUCAAAGCUCAGAAUAUCUUCCUAACCAGUGGAGGGAUGAAAGCAAAGCUGGGGGACUUUGGAAUCGCAAGAAUGUUGAAUAACACCAUGGAGCUGGCCAGAACUUGUGUUGGCACACCAUACUACCUUUCUCCAGAGAUCUGCGAGAGUCGGCCCUACAACAACAAAACGGAUAUAUGGUCUUUGGGGUGUGUGCUGUAUGAACUUUGCACCUUGAGGCAUCCAUUCGAGGGCAUCAGCCUGCGGCAGCUGAUCAGUAAGAUCUGCAGAGGACGUUAUACUCCAGUACCCAGCCGCUACUCCCACGACCUGCGCCUGCUUAUCACCCAACUCUUCAAGGUCAACCCUCGGGACCGUCCGUCGGUCAGCUCAGUUCUCCGACGCCCCUUCUUUGAGAAACACAUCAGCAAACAUCUGAACACUCAGGAGAUGCAGGCGGAGUUCAGCCACACAGUGCUGCACCGAAACAGAGCGGCAGCACCAUCAAACACAGCUAAAACCAGAGCAAGAGGAGCAAACACAGCUGAGAAGAAACAGAAAGCAAGAGGAGCAGUGAGACCCAGUGGCACUGACCGGAGACUGCCAGCUAAACCGAACUGGAAAGUGCCAUAUAGACUCAACCCCCCAGCCCACUACAAAGUAAUGAUCAGGAAGAACAGCAACAAUGCAAAAGACAUGCCUGCUCUUCAAAGAGCAGGCCAACUGGCUGCAAACAGAGAGUUUGCAGUAAAUCAAAGGAUCAGUGGUCAGCCGCCUGUCAGCCUUUACCAGCACUACCAUGCCCAGCUGGAUGCCAUUCAGAGAGGAAACGAAGUGGAAACGCCUCUUUCUGCUCUUCAGGAGACAGGGAAGGAUGUGAUGCUGGGAUGUGAGGACCAGGAUAUUCCUCCUGUAGAACCAUACCAGCUAGUGGCUGCUGCCCGUAAUGAGUAUCUGCAGAGAAGACAGGAGGCUAAUCAGUACAAGCUGAGAGCAGAGAAACAGCUGGGUCUGCGUCCGAACACUGCUGAAUGCAGCAGGAAGCCUGGUGGUCCAGAGCAGAAAGAAAGACCACCUGAACACCAACACACAACCAACAAGAGACAAGAGGGCCACCAGGAGUACCUCCGUCAGCUCGAUGCCAUCAGACAGCAGUAUCACCAAGACAUGAGACAGAUGAAACAAAGAGCUGAAACUGAGUCUCUCCCAGAAAACAAACAUAUAACCUUUGUGGUGGAGAAACCCAAAAACACAGAGCUUUCCUCAGCCAGUGAAGGCCAGCAGAAAGCAGCACCUGCUCAGGAUGUGGAAGCAGCACUGAGGCAGAUCGGGGAGGACAGAGAUCAGAAGGGAGCGCAAUCCAGGAAACACAAUGACAAGAAGGGAAUCAUGUUUGAGAUUCGGUUAAAUGAAGACGAGAAGAAAACCUCUGAUGGAGGAACAAAGGAGGAGGUGGACCCACUCAAUCAGACUCUGACCUUCCAGAGAGGAGAGGAGUUGAAGCUCAGGGACUGGUCAAAGGCGAGAAAGGAGUGGAGCCAAAAGACUCCUCGGACUCUGCUGGUGGCACUCGCAAACAUGGACGUGAACUCAGUCUGUGGCACGCCAGUCGAAGGUGGAGAUGCAGCAGGCCGCAGGCAGUGGGUCGAUGGCUGCCCUGACACCCUGCUGGACGCCCUGGCUCAGGCUGAACUGACAUCUUCAACUCUGGCUUCAGCUAGCUCAGAUUUAGAACCAGAAAACAGACCAGAGGAAGAAGAGGAGGAGGACUCUGAUGUGGAAAUGGACAAAGAGCGUCUGGAGCCGAGGUCGGACGAUGAUGACACGAACUUUGAGGAAUCAGAAGAUGAGCUGAGAGAAGCAGUGGCAGACUCCAUGAGGAACCUAUUUGUGAUGGAGGACUCUAGCUCAGAUGAAAACCCCCAGGAAACGUUGAAGUUGGGAGAGAAGGAACAUGGUGGAGCAGAAGCCUCUGCAGAUGGUCAGCCAUUCCAUACGAAGGUUGAGAGUUCACAUGAAGAAAGCAGGAACCUCAAAACAUGAAGAUGACAGUUGGCCUCCAGGUCCAGUUGAGAUCCAGACAGACAAUGAAAGAGCUUUAAUUAAGCAUCCGGCUACCUGAGCGCUCACACACUGAAGCUGACAGUAAGACAAAGGAUUUCUAACCUGUGACAUAUUUACAGAAGCGGAUGAAAACCUGUGAGUGGAAACAUUUGUCUUCUAUUGUCUCUAAUUUAAGGUGUCCCAGUAGUGUUGUGAAACAUGCUUUUUGAUUCUAAGUGUUGAUGGCUGUGUGGUUCACAUCUUCCCACCAAGUGUAACUUUAAUCAGUAAAGUACUGCCAGCACAUUGUCUCUGCAAUUCAUGGUAAAAAUAUUGUGGAAAGGUCAG